AUGCUAGAUGAACUACCGGUUGAGAUCAAACUGGAGCUACUUAAGUCUCAUUUGCAGUUGGCUUUUGUCAACAAGCAAUGGUAUCGCUUAAGCAACCGUUUUUACAGAGAUUGUUGUCUGAGUUUGAAGCCGAAAGAAUACUGGGACAGAAUACAAGACUGCUUAUGUCGAUACGUCCACAGUCUGGAUGAGGAGCGGAAAGCAGCACGACUUAUCAAUGCGGCUUUAUGUGGGAAUAAGGAAACUGGCGAGAACGACGUUCCUUACAUGUCCGAUUCUUGGCAGAUAAUAUACAGUGUUUUAUUCCGAAACCCUAGAUUUUUCGCCAUGGACAGCGCAAGUCGCGAACUGAACAUAACCCAUGAUGUUGUCACGGAGUAUUACUGUCCUAUGGAGCUUGAAAGCGGCAAAAGGUAUCCGUGCAACCUUUGGUGCAAGAAAGCCACUGAUGGUGGGUUUUUCGGAGUUAUUCGAGUAGCAAUAUACGGACAACCUGACGGAUCCGAGCCUCUACUGGUUCGGGACUUGGCGUUGACUUUGGAUGACUGGUGUCAGGACAGUGGAGCUUAUUGUUUGUUCGGUGGCCACUUUCAGCUAGCGAAGAGCGCAAAUUCGCUGCAAAUAGUGCAUAUGGGUGUUUCCAUUACGAACGCCGCGAACGUCGUGCUAGAAGCGGUCGAUACGACGCCGUAUCAAGGCAAUAAAAGCUGGCUUUUGUUCCGCACGCAGCAACUGGAGGUUUUCAACCGUUGGGAGAAAUUGUUAAGUGCUGAGCGCAUGCGAUGGGACGAGAAGUUCGUGAAUGCGACAGAGGACGCAGCCAAAAAUGCAGAUUUCGAAUUUGUGUAUCGAUUUCCCAAAGAUUUGGGAGCCUGCCACGGUUUGAAAAGCGUUUGGUUCCCGCGCUUGCAAAGUCGAGAAACGUGA